AUGGAACACUCCUUCCCCCCAACCUUCCGCACCGCCCGCCUCCGAUUCGACGCAUUGGUCGACGCCGACGCGGCAGGCAUCCACGCCAUCCGCAGGUUGAAAGAGGUGAUGAAAUGGAGUCUGAAGAAAGUCCCUGAUGCGGAUCUCGCAACGACGAGGAAAUGGGUGGAGGAGUAUCUGAGGCCGGAACCGCGUGUGCCUGGGAAUGUGGGGUAUGUGAUUCGGGAAAUUGAGCCUGUGUCCGGGUCGUCUGCGGCGGUUGGAGGGGUAGAUGGAGAUGGGAAAGGCCGGAUUAUCGCUUCUAUUGGCUUGCGGUAUGGGUUUGUGGAGGCACUGGGGGGAAAGCGCUGGGAGCUGGGGUAUAUCUUUCACCCUGACUUCUGGGGGAAGGGGUAUGCGACUGAGGCUGUGAGGGGGUUGAUGGAUGCGUGGCCUGGGAUUUAUCACAGGAUUACAUGGGGGGAGGAGCAGCAGGAGAGGAGCGAAGAGGUGGUUGCUAUCACGGACAAGGGGAAUGAGCCGAGUAUGCGUGUUUUAAGGAAGUGUGGGUUUGAGGCAGUGGAGGAGUUUUUGGAUAAGGCUGGGACGCCGUGUGUGGCUUUUGUUUAUAAGUCUUAG